UUUUCACAAGCACGAACUCCUCGUAAAUUUUCAACUUCAACUCUGCUCUCUCUCUCUCUCUCUCUCUACACCUCACGCGCUGACCGUCCUCGGACUUGCAGAAAUACCAAAAACAAAACAAGUUCCGUGUAGCGAACAGUCACGGAUGACGGAUCCGCAGGAAGCUUCAUAGAAUGGCAGAGCAGAGGAUCGAGGAGAAGGAGAAGACGAAGAAGGACAAUGUAGAUCGAGAGCUGUUCAGCUGCUUGCUACAGCCCGUGACCGCCGAUUCCGAUCCCCGAUACAUCGGCAUUCGUCGCCUCCUCCUUUUCCGCAAGGCCGAGUCCGAAGCUCUUCGCCGCAGAGAUUGGAGAUGCAAUGGAAAAGGUUACAUGGCCUACCGUAAUUUCAUUAGCAGGCCAAGGAAUUGGGAAAGUUUGCAGUCACCAAGCCUCCAAGGCACUCCUGGAAACAGUGGGCGAUGGAUUCCACCUCAAAGUCCGCGUUCCCUUUUGUUUGAGGUGGAUAGCUGGAGUUCUAGCAGGGACCUGCAAAGUGGCAAUCCAGAUUCAAGUCACAGAGCAAGUUUUAGCUCAAAUGCAAGUGAUAAUGAUCGCCCACGUCAACCAGGGGGUGAACUUGCAUAUUCUUUUGUAGGAAUGCAUUGCAUCUUUGAUCAGUGCAAAGCCUCUGUUACUGUCUUGAAGUUUGGGCACAUGAGCUCUGAUCUUCUUGCAUAUGGGGCAUCAGAUGGAACCUUGACAGUAUGCACUGUGUCGGAGCCACCUUCAAUCAUCAAGGAAUUGAAAGGCCACACCAAAGAUGUCACAGACUUCGAUUUCUCUUCAAACAAUCAGUACAUUGCAUCAUCGUCGAUGGAUAAAACUGUGAGAGUAUGGGAGAUAUCAAAAGGACUUUGCAUUCGAGUAAUAUAUGGAGUUUCUUCACAAUCAUGCAUUCGUUUUCACCCUGUAAACAACAACUUCCUUUCAGUUGGCAAUGCAAACAAAGAAAUCACUGUAUUCAAUUUCAGCACUGGGAGAAUUAUUAAUAAAACAGUCUUUGACAGUGAGGUUACCUCUAUGGACCAUGAUCACACCGGUCAGCUCAUCUUCUGUGGGGAUGCACAGGGAUGUAUUUACUCAGUUAGUAUGAACUCUCGUACAGGAGCAUUAUCCCGUUCACAUCGCCAUCGAAGUAGCAGCAUACGCAAAUCUCCAGUCACAACUGUGCAGUACAGAAGUUUCUCCCUGCUUGCUCGUGGACCUGUGCUGCUGGCAUGUACUCAAGAUGGAGGUUUGUCUUUCUUCAGUGUUGCUUUGGAAAUACAAGGUUAUUUGACUCUUCGCUGCUCGCUGAAGUUAACUCCGCGAAUACAUAGCAUUCGGGCUUCCUUCUGUCCUCUGCUUUCCCUUGAAAAAGGAGAAUACAUAGUUGCUGGAAGUGAGGAUUCAAAUGUCUACUUCUAUGAUUUAACUCGGCCCCGGCAUACAUGUGUAAACAAGCUGCAGGGUCAUCGUUUUCCAGUUAUCGGCGUCGCUUGGAACCACGGUGAGAACUUGUUGGCAUCAUCUGAUUUUUAUGGAAUAGUAAUUGUAUGGAAGAGAUCAAAGACAAGGUAAAAUAAAGACACAACAUUAUACAAGAAAUAUCCAACACAUACUCGCUGGAGUAGGACAUCAUCCUUUUCUUUUCUUUUUUAAUUAAUUUUGCUUCUCUUUUGAGAAAAUUGUUUUGUAAAUUGUAUCAUUCAGAUCAGGAAACUGAUUGACUUCCAUUUAUUUGAAUCAACGUUGUAUUCUUCAAUUUUCCCGUUGAAUAUAAUUUGAUAGUAAAUUCAUUUAAAGUUAAAAUA